CGGGCGGCGGGGCGAGGCCGGGGCUGCGCUGGGGCGGGCGGCGGUCCCGGUGUCGCUGCGGGUCCGGGGAGACCCCUCUCUCCCAGAGGAAUGGGCCUCCAGCGCCUCCCGCCUGCCUUCUUGUCCUCGUGGAGGCGCGGGGUAGUACAUGGUCCCAGCCCUCCGUGCGAUCGGUUUGAGCAGUAAAUGUGAAAACUGGCGAUUUCUGAUCGAGCUCCCGGUUCUGUGUCCCCACAGUGUUUCUCCAUGCUGCUUAGGAGCAAGUUAUUCAGAAUUCAUUCUCAUGUCAGCAGAAAGCUCGACCGUCACGGUCCGUCUCGUCCGCUCCUUUGAGCACCGCAAUUUCCGCCCUGUGGUGUACCACGGAGUUCCCUUGGAUCAGACAGUGAAGGAGUUCAUGGCUUUUGUGCGCAGGGAUGUAUCUUCAAGAUCAGGACUUCCUCCUCCUUUUAAAAAUUAUAAGUAUGAUACAAUGAAGAUUAUUCACCAAGCACACAAAUCUAAGACUGGUGAGCUUGUAGUGAGUUUGGAAGAUGAUGAGAAACUGAUUUUGCAGGAAGACAGCACACUGAAAGCAGCUGGAGUAGGUCUCUGCACUGUGUGGGUCUCUCCCUGUUCCUGUUUUCCUGCAUGGGGCAUAGCUGCUGCCAGGGCAGUGUGGGUGGACAGAAGGACAUGUGGAGCAUUCAUGGUGGUCAGCACUGUUUUCAGCCUGGCUGAUGAUCCGUGGAAAGGAGUUCCUGAAGUUAUAGGAUCAGUCGUGCUCCUGGGAUCUUGGGCAUGGAGCCAUUGCUGCAGCUGGGAGAAGAUGGUAUUUGGGUUCAGUGACAGUGAGGAGUCCUAAAAUGUGCAGCCCUGGUCCUGAUUUUUCUUUUAGGCUGUUGUGCACUCCCCAUCCCUGACACAUCUCUCUGGAGGCCAGCACACAUCUCCCAGGUGUGUUUGGGUGAGCUGGGAGGCCAGUGCUGGGCUGAUGUUGGGGCAGUCCUGGGAGGUGCAGGGCUGGCUGGGGGAUGAGCUGAGAGCUUUGUGGAGCAGGAGCACUGAGUUUAAUUCCAGGGCUGAGUUCCAGAGCUUGGGCUGCUCCUGCCCAAGGCAGUCUGGCUUUAUUGCUUCAGUGAGUGUCCCUGCUCCUCUCCAGAGCUGCUCCUGCUAAACUGCCCUUACUACCAUGUACAUUUUAUUCCCAGGGGUUAAUGUGCUGUAAGCCCCUUUGAUUCCAAAAUAAAUAAAAUAAGGAAGUGUUUCUAUGUUUCUAUUCUGCUGUGCAAUGAUGUUUCCCCAGCAGCACAGGCGAUAGGGCCAUGCCAGAGAACUUGCAUCCAUUUCUAAAUCCUGGCUCUGAAAUCCUGAUCA